ACCUGCCUCCCCCUCUUGUUUACCCGAGGUGGCAGCGAGGCGCCUCGCUUUCCUCUUUCCCCCCCUUCGCCCCGCUGCCCCCAACCAAUUUUCCCGAUCCGGCACCGCGCAAUGCCGCUGCAGCUGAUGCCGCCGCACUACUAUCCCGUCCUGCUGCCGCUACUGGUUCUUGCGGCUGUGGCGGGCGUCUCCGCGGGUGGUGGCGGCGACGGAGAUGUCGUGGAGCGGACGUACAUCGUGCGGGUGGACGCCGACGCGAAGCCGUCGGUGUACCCGACGCACGCACACUGGUACGAGGCGGCGGUGCUGGCGGCCGCCGGCGACGGCUCGGAGUGGCCGGAAGGGGGGCCGCUGAUCCACACCUACUCGGCGGCCUUCCAGGGGUUCUCCGCGCGGAUGUCCCCCGCGGCCGCCGAGGCGCUGGCGUCCGCCCCCGGGGUGGCGGCCGUGGUGCCGGAGCGCGUGCGGCAGCUCGCCACCACGCGCUCGCCGAGGUUCCUGGGCCUGCUGUCCUCCCCGCCCUCGGCAUUGCUCGCGGAAUCCGACUUCGGGGCCGACCUGGUCAUAGCCAUCGUGGACACCGGCAUCUCCCCCGCGCACCGCAGCUUCCACGACCGCGGGCUGGGCCCGGUCCCGGGCAGGUGGCGCGGGCUGUGCGCGUCGGGUCCCGGGUUCCCGCCCAGCUCCUGCAACCGCAAGCUCGUCGGCGCGCGGUUCUUCUCCAAGGGGUACGAGGCCACCUCGGGACGCAUGAAUGAGACGGCGGAGGUCAGGUCCGCGCUCGACACCGACGGGCACGGGACCCACACCGCGUCCAUCGCCGCGGGGAGGUACGUGUUCCCGGCGUCCACGCUCGGGUACGCGCGCGGCGUGGCCGCCGGCAUGGCGCCGAAAGCGCGCCUGGCAGCGUACAAGGUGUGCUGGGUGGGCGGCUGCUUCGACUCCGACAUCCUCGCCGCCUUCGACGCCGCCGUCGCCGACGGCGUCGAUGUGGUCUCUCUCAGCGUCGGUGGCGUUGUCGUGCCGUACUACCUGGACGCCAUUGCCAUUGGGGCGUUCGGCGCCACCGAAGCCGGUAUCGUCGUCUCUGCUUCGGCCGGCAACGGUGGUCCCGGCGGGCUCACGGUGACCAAUGUGGCGCCCUGGAUGGCCACCGUCGGGGCUGGCUCCAUGGACCGCGCGUUCCCGGCUAACGUGCGGCUCGGCGACGGGCAGGUGCUCGACGGCGUGAGCGUGUACGGGGGACCCGCGCUCGAGUCCGGCAAGCUGUACGAACUGGUGUACGCUGGGGCGAGCGGCGGGGGUGCCUCGUCCGCGUCCGACGGCUACUCGGCGUCGAUGUGCCUGGACGGCUCGCUGGACCCAGCCGCGGUGCGCGGCAAGAUCGUGGUGUGCGACCGCGGCGUGAACUCGCGCGCCGCCAAGGGCGACGUGGUCCGCCGCGCGGGGGGCGUCGGGAUGGUGUUAGCUAACGGGGCGUUCGACGGCGAGGGCCUUGUCGCCGACUGCCACGUCCUGCCGGCGACCGCCGUCGGCGCGGCCGCGGGCGACAGGCUCCGCAAGUACAUCGCGUCGGCCACCAAGCAGAGGCCGGCCACCGGCACCAUCCUGUUCGAGGGCACCCACCUCGGCGUGCACCCGGCGCCGGUGGUGGCCGCGUUCUCGGCGCGCGGCCCGAACCCGCAAUCCCCGGAGAUCCUGAAACCGGACCUGAUAGCUCCAGGCCUCAACAUCCUGGCGGCGUGGCCCAGCGGCGUCGGGCCGGCCGGCAUCCCCUCGGACGGCCGCAGCACGGAGUUCAACAUCCUGUCGGGCACGUCCAUGGCCUGCCCGCACGUGUCGGGCCUCGCGGCGCUGCUGAAGGCGGCGCACCCGAGCUGGAGCCCCGCGGCGAUCAAGUCGGCGCUGAUGACGACCGCGUACGUGAGGGACAACAGCAACGGCACGGUCGCGGACGAGUCGACGGGCGCGGCGGCCGGCGCGUUCGACCUGGGCGCCGGGCACGUGGACCCGAUGCGCGCCAUGGACCCGGGGCUGGUGUACGACAUCGGCCCAAGCGACUACGUGAGCUUCCUCUGCAACCUCAACUACACGGAGCGGAACAUCCGCGCCGUCACGCGGCGCCCGGCGGACUGCCGCGGGGCCCGGCGCGCCGGCCACGCGGGCAACCUCAACUACCCGUCCCUGUCCGCCACGUUCGUGGCCGCCGGGGCGGCGGCGGCGGCGGCGGCGAGUAGGACGCACUUCAUCCGGACGGUGACCAACGUGGGCGGCGGGAGCGCGGUGUACCGCGCGUCGGUCACGGCCCCCGAGGGGUGCAACGUGACGGUGCAGCCGCGGCGGCUGGCGUUCCGGCGCGACGGGCAGCGGCUGAGCUUCGCGGUGCGGGUGGAGGCGGCGCUCGGAGGGAGGAUGGAGCCCGGGAGCUCGCUGGUGCGGAGCGGCGCGCUGACGUGGAGCGACGGGCGGCACGUCGUCCGUAGCCCGAUCGUGGUGACGGUGCAGGCGCCUCUGCAGUGAGUGCUGUACUGACCAGCUGCCCCGACCGCCACGAUGGGAGGUGGAGAGGAGAGGACACAGUCUCAGUGUUCUAGCUUUUCUGUACUAUUAAGGUUGCUGUUAGCUGUAGAAUACGUCGUGGAAGAGCUGUAUCGUUAGCUACUACGUAACGUAAGCUACACUGGAAAUCAUGGAGCCCUGGAGCUCCGUUCUUCCCCAUUUCUUUCUUUCUCCUCGCCUUGCUGCUACCAUUUGCUUCUGUAUUGCCGGCCUCCGGCGUGCGGUUUUGCACGGAAUGGUUUUCAA